AAAAGUUCUUUUUUAUCGAUGAAAAUAACUUCACAGAUGAUUUACAAUUUUAAUAACGUACUCGUAUCUAAGUAUUACAUUACCGUAAAAGGUUGCAUGUUGAAUAUUUUGUCUUCGGUUGGUGAUCAGAAGUCAGCAUGUGGCUAAAAAUAUAUUUAGUAUUUUUGUUGGCGAAGAAAGCACAAGCUUAUUCAUUGAGACCUCAGGUAAUAAUUAUCGACGAUAGACGAUAUCUGGAUCCGAAAGAUGAAUUCGUCGCCCAGAAGAUCUUUCAAGAUGAAAAUUUAUUACUCAAGUUUAUCAACAGCGCUCUCCGUCCUAACAGCAACGAUUCCCAACAACUUUGCUCAUCUAUGCAACUAAUGGGUAAUAUCAGAACACCGGAUAUAUUCGGUAAACAGACGAUAGUAGAUGUCGUAUGCCAUAGCAACACGACAGGAGAUCAAACCAUCGUGGAAAUUCAAGUAGCGAGGGAAAAACAUUUCCUUAAUACGGCUCAAUUUUACGUAUCCAGACUUAUAAAUGAACAACGUCCUAACUUCACACGGCAGAGAUUACACCUUGAUGACCAUUACGCUAAACUGAAACCUGUACAUUUUAUUGGAAUACUCGAUUUCGAAAUUUCUCCAGAUGACGAUUUCAUUUCAACUCAUUUAACUCUGAAUAACAAGACAAAACGACAUCAACUAACACUUCCCACGUAUACCUUCAUCGAACUGCCCAAGUUAAGUAGAGGGAAAUCCUUCCACGUAGACAAGUAUGAAACGUUCGUCGAGAAACUGAGUUAUUUUUUCUGGUUCGAAUGGUCAGAGCAAAAAUACAAAGAUGGGUUGAAGAAAUUAAUGUCCAGUGAUCCGGAUAUCCAACGAGCUGUGAACUACGCGAAUCCAGGCACUUGGACAAUAACUGACAAAAACGUAUUUCAAAGGAUAAUUGAUAAUAGGGAUGUGCUAGCAUCAAGGUUAUGUGCUGUUUACGACGACGGUCUUAGACUUGGUCGUAGACUCGGACGCGAAGAAAAGUUUCUAAUACAAAUGAUGCGACGAUCAAAUCUAUCCGAUGAAAAAAUUGCCAACAUCGCGAAAAAAUCCGUACAGGAAAUAGCCCGUCUGAGAAGUACUUUGGAUUGCGACAAACAAUCCGAAUCGGACGAUUAUUGACAAUUUAGAGUGACUUUUUUUUAUAAAACUUUCAUCAAUUUUUGUCAUUUUUUAAAAUACUCGUAAUUUCUGAAUAAAUUACCUACUUACAGCA